AUGAACGAUAGCGACUCGCAUUCAGGUGUGAGCCUCGUUCCGCCAACGCUACCCGGCCUGCGAUCCCUGAGCGACAAUGCCAUAUCGGAGUCGAGAGGGUCAUGGCUCACUGAGGAGGGCUACCUCGGUCGAUUGAGCCGCGGCGGACCGUCUCAGCGACAAAGUCGGAAUUCUUUCCUCAGUUUGUACGAGAGCAUACGCAAGUUUCCCUCGGGGCCACGUUUCCUUCGUGCACAGGAUGGCAACUCGUUCAGAAGCACCUUGGAUAUUACUAUACCUUCCAUGGACGACGAUGAGUUUGACCGCAAGAGUAUACAGCCCACACCAGAGGUGGCGUACAUGUUUGAGAAGCCUGGGCACUCUAAGAGAUCAGAGACAGCGACGAGCAACAAUCUGCUCCCCGUGCCUCCUUUGCCAGCCGCCGCCUCUGAUGCACUGUCUUCCAUUCCGGAGCAGAUGAGCCCGCUCGGUUCUCACCCUACACACGGGAAAAGGUUUACGGGGACCAACCCGGCUGGUACAUUCAAAGUAUACAGCGACAACGACGCUCAGUCGAGCAGCUUCCAGACUGUCUCUGGCUCAAGCGAAGAGCGCAGCGAUGGCGUCAGCCUCUUUAGACAAAUGUCCAUGCAGAGCGACCUGUCUAGAGCCAGACCUGUGAGCCGCCGUUCUGAUGCCAGCCCGUGGUUCGGUAGCCGCUCCGGUGUGCCACCCCGGACCCCGCGACGUCGGCAGACUGUGACAUAUUCGUCAUCCGCAUCCGUCCCAACCUCGACCACGGGCUCUUCGGACGCAGAGGUGAACUGGUCAACGAUAGCGCCAGGAACCUCGGCAGCCCGCGGCACAGAAAACUGGCAGACGGCCCCUCGCGACUCGCUCGGCAUUGCAUACGAGGAGCUCGUGCGCGAGUCUCCAUUCUACCCAACACAAACUCCGCCACGCCGGCCGCUCAAGUCAGCAAAGAGAUCCGUCGGGUCGUCCAACCCUUUGUUUCAGGAUGAAAACAGGCGCAACAGCGCAUGGAUGGGCAAAGGCGUAUCUCUUCGACGUGACAAGUCGCGCGAAAGCGAGUCAACAAUCAGUCUCAUGUCACCGAGCAAAUGGGACACUGGUGCCAGGGUACCGCUGGGCAAUCGACCAGCUUCCUCGAUUCGACCUGUGAAGCCGUCGGCCGUGUGGCUUGGGGAAAGUGGAGAGCCGUCUCGUUACUCAACGUCCAAGCCUGGUUCUGGGGAUUCAGGCUGGGAGACCGAGGCGGGUGCUCCUAUGGGAAGGGAUGACAGCAGCACCAUAGGAGCGACGGCAAGGGAUGACAGCCGCAAGGGUGGGCUCGGGAGAACUGAGAGUGACGACUUUGCCGUCUUCAUCUAG